AGAUACCAGUCGUGCAGCCGACUGAGUCAUCUCCUCCCACAGCUUCUGACAACCUAGCGUCUUUGCCAAAUUCUAUGACUACUGUCCCAUUUGUAGGACCUAUGCCAUUGCCAAUUGAACCAACAGAAUGUUCACUAGGACUGGACUGUCAGUGUUUGUGCUUUACAGACAGAAAGCCUUACCGUCCUACCCAAGAAAUAAAGCACACAUCUACAAAGCAAACCACAAAAGGAGGGUCGUCGAAUGUACGAACUUGUCGAACCUCUAUAUUUUUGAAAUACGCUUGGGUCACAUAUUGCAUAACGAAAGGUACCAUUGCCUGUUACUUCUGUAAAAGAGUGAUGCAUCAAGACCUUAUUACAUUCAGUCAUAACGGUGAAAAGUCCUUUCUCUUAGGAGAAUUCCGCAACUGGAUGAAGUGCCAAGAAAAACUUAAAAAACACUCUCAGUCUAAAUUUCACGCGGAGGCCACUGAGAAAGGUUUAUUAUUUGAUGAUUCGAGAACUGAUAUCGGAGCGAAAUUAGUCG